ACAAACGAAACCACUGACUAAACCCAAAUGAGUAGUAGGGCACAAUUCUGCUAUUGUCGCUCGUCAUGAACGGUAAGUAGAGCCUCUAUCAUCGAGAAGACACGGAACUCAGAGAAAUAGCAACUGAUUUCUACCCGAACCUCUCCCGGGAGGACCUUCGUGGUCUUGGUCUACCCAUCCCCUCCUUCACCCCCACCGCAAAGGAAGUCACCCGAAGCUCGCGAACGAUCAACAGAUCUGCUAUCCAACUGGUUGACCCUGACAGAGAUAUUGGGACGACACGAGGAGACACUGCGGAAACGAUGGGCGAAGAAGACGAAGAAACACCGUACGACGAUUUUCGCUAAAGCGUGGCCCAACAUGGCAACCAUGCAUCGACCCGAUUUCGAGGCUCUGCGGCGUGAGGGAUCCAAGAUACGGUCUGAGGGAUCAAGAAGAGAAUAUCGAGAUUGGUACAUGUGGCCGUAUAUCAAUGUUGAGGAUCUGGUCCGAGGCAAGACGCUGCUGCUGAUGCUCAACAGCAGAGGCCGCAACCCCCCACGCAUGUUCGCUCACGCGGACUUUGCGGCGACGAGGAUUGGUCACAUCAGUGAAGCUGUGAUGCCGCCCUUUCUCAACAAUCAUACCAUGUAUCUCCUGGGGGAGAGUGUGGAGACUUACGGUCGAGUAGUCUCCUGGGAUGACGAUAAUGAAGCUUGCAAUGCGAUGAUAACACAAAUUGCGCACCCGCCAGGAGAAGGGCUGAUGAUUCUGGAGAUUCAACAACGCAUACUCCGCUUCCUUGUGGACUGCUGUCGCGCGAUACUGCACGACUGGAACUCGGAUACAUUGCUCGCGGCACCAAUCAAACCAGAGCCUCCAUCACUGGCAGACGCUGCCGAAUAUAGUCUCAUCACCUCCGUGGCCACUGACGCCCCCUAUCGUCUACCCGCUUGUGUUGACUUCCGUCGCCUUGGGCUGAUUGCCGCUGCCAGACGCUCCAGCGCCGAAGACCACAUUCACAGUAUGCGUGAAGAUCCUGGAUACUUUGCUGACUUCCUCAAAGAAUGGGGCGAGCAUCGUCAAGAGCAACUUUUGGACACAAACGGACACCAGCACCCCGUUUUGAGUCAAUCUGUAUUUUGGGACCGGGUCAUUGGGAAUGUGGUAACCGAUGCAUACUGGUCUCUGGUAGUAUAGGAUCAAAUGGCGAAGGUCCUGGGCGAACUAGCACUCCUCCAGGUCAAAUACUACGAGGAGAUCAAACCUGGAGAAAGGUUGCCGGUCGAGUAUCUCAAACAUUGGUCCUCCUAGAGCAGUUGCUAGACCAUGCAAAAGACCGCCCUAUUCAUGUGCUUCAGCAUGGUCUGGUUGUAUCUCCUCCCGUGCGUUCACAGUUUGUGCGUCAGCCUCAUGUUCCUGGGUCUACGGUGAUUCGUGUGCAAAGUAAGUCGGCGCCAACACCCUUGGUAUAGUUAUUUACUCAACUUUGGGAUGAAAAACAGCUAUUUCUCUUGGGACUACCCAAUCUCGUUGAUGAGAUAGAGUAUAUCGCCCAAAGCAGUACUCCCGGCGUGUCUUCGAUGUCAUCUUGGGUAUCCCAAGUCUUCUCUGACCUAGGACUGGUUGCGGCAGUUCGGCACGAACUCGACAUAUAUCAACCGUGGGCGGCAGCACUUGAACAAGAAGGGUUGCCCUACCAGGAUGAGGUCAUGACAGAAUUAACCCGACGAUUGUCGCCCACGCAACAGAUUAUUCCUGCCAUCAAAGGCGCCACAUUUGGCACACUGGGUGGCCCAGUCGCUGGUCGAUUUUCACAUCCUUCGGAUAAGCGAAGAACCCAAGACAACGUUACUCAAAUGCGGAAGGCAGAAACAAAUCUUGAUUCAUUGUGGAAUGCCGUGGACACAUAUGUUCAGCGCCGGAUAGGCCAAUCCCCCCAACAAGUUGUGAGUCAUUUGUUUGAACACACUCACCAGUUAGAACGAACACCUGAGUGGGUUGCGCCUAUCCAGUCAAAACAUACCGCCACACCUGUCUCUGCCCUGCAGGAAUCCUUUUCAAAAUUGGAGCUCCAGUCAUCAGCCCCGGAAACCAGUUUCACCCCAUCUGUUCUAAAAGUAAAGCCAAAAACACGUGGCACUACAAACACACCCUUAGCAGAAGCUAAUUUAACUAAGGAAGGGGACCCAUUGGAUACCAAUACAGAGGCAAAACCACUCUUCCGAGUCAAGAACCGAGUGCUCAAGGUUUUCAAGACUUUAUUUUUCAAUCCUUCGCAAACACAUUUCCUAGGUGAGGUUUCAUAG